AUGGGCUGCUCUGGAGGUUCUGGAGGUUGCACGUCCGGCUGCGGAGGUUGCGGAGGCUGCGGAUCUGGCUGCUGCGUGCCCGUGUGCUGCACGACUUGCUGUAAGCCAGUGUGCUGCAGCUCCGGUUGUGGCAAAGGAGGCUGUGGAUCUUGCGGAGGCUCCAAAGGAGGCUGUGGUUCUUGCGGAGGUUGUAAAGGCAGUUGUGGGUCCUGUGGAGGCUCCAAAGGAGGCUGUGGCUCCUGUGAAGGCUGUAAAGGUGGUUGUGGCUCCUGUGGAGGCUCCAAAGGAAGCUGUGGCUCUUGCGGAGGCGGCAAAGGAGGCUGUGGCUCAUGCGGAGGCUGUGGUUCCUGCUGCCAGUCCUGCUGCUGUGUGCCCUGCUGCUCCCAGACCAGCUGCUGUGUGCCCUGCUGUGCGCCCUCCUGCUGCCCACCCAGCUGCUGCGUGCCCUGCUGCUGCCAGGCCAGCUGCUGUAAGCCCUUCUGCUACCAGUCUGGCUGCUGUGUGCCCUGCUGUGCCCCCUCCUGCUGUCAGCCCAGCUGCUGCGUGCCCUGCUGCUGCCAGUCCAGCUGCUGUAAGCCCUCCUGCUGUCAGUCCGACUGCUGUGCACCCUGCUGUAAGCCCCCUUGUUGUGCCAAGGCCAGCUGUGGUCCCCCUGUCUGCUGCCAGUGUAAGGUCUAA